AUGUCCAAAUAUGAUUCUUGUUUGGUUUCCAAAGCUAGGGAUGAAAUAAGUCGUUAUGUAACGGGCGUGUCCGAAGAGCUUGAAGAAGAAUGUUUUGCAGCCAUUCUUCAUGACAAUAUGGAUAUUUCCAGGUUGAUGGCUCAUGCACAACAAGUAGAGGAGAGUCGUCUAGGGAAGAGGAGCAGAGAAGCUAAGAAGGCAAGUUGCUAUGGUUGUGGCAAAGGUGGACAUAUGGUGAAAAAUUGUCCUAAUGUGAGGAUCCAAGGUAAGGGGAAUGAGCAAACUCAACCAAGCUGUCCGAGCUCUGGAGCUCCAAAAAGGAACCAUUUCUACGCACUCAAGGCUAGGGAUGAACAAAAGAACUCUCCCGACAUUGUGACGGGUAUGUUAUAA